UAUAUAUAUGUAUGUAUAUAUAUAUAUAACCGAGUGCAGACUGUAAAGAAGGACUAUCUUCACAUUCUGCACAUGACGGACAAAUUGGUGCACAAAUUUGAACGACAUCGCUGUUUUGCACGAUGCAUCGUUCAUGUGGAUAUGGAUGCAUUUUACGCAGCCGUGGAAAUUCGUGAUCAACCGGAACUGCGUUUUCUUCCGGUCGCUGUGGGCAGCAACAGUAUGCUCUCCACGAGUAAUUACAUUGCCAGACGUUACGGUGUACGAGCUGGUCUCCCGGGGUUUUUGGGCAAAAAGCUCUGUCCGAAUUUGCAUAUCAUUCCACCGGAUUUCGCUCGGUACACAGAAGCCAGUCGUUCUGUCCGGGCAGUUCUAAGUCAGUACGCUGUGAUACCUCAUGACACUGAAGAAGACUCAACAGCACAAAGGGCAGAUCAAAACGAAGACAGUCCCGGACCUGUGGCUAUGAAGAAGUUCUUCCUGUAUGAAGCAAGGUUUCCAUUCGCAGUUAGGUUGAUGGAUUCGCACUGCACUGAUGAGACCCAACCAGGUCGAAACAGCUAUACAAUGCUUUCUAGCUUUUCGGUUCACGCUUCAUUUUCUGUAUACACGACGAAUUCCUUCUAUGAUAUAUAUAUAUAUAUAUAUAUAUUCUCGACUUGA